AUGAGGGAGUCCUCACCAUCUGCAAACUACAUAUCGCGCCCAGACCCACUCUCACCUAGACACUCACCUAGACACUCUGUUCGCCCGCAGCCAUCCUAUACAUCAGUCUUUCAGAAUUUUGGGAACGGGCCGUCACGACAGGAUAUACUGCAGGGCCCGCUGAUAGAAGGUUUCCCACAUCACAACGCCACACCAAGGGACAUAGGAACAGGAAGAUUCAGGGCGAGGAACACCCUGACGAAAAACACCGCCGCGGUCGAACGAAGGGACUCAUCUCGCCAGCAGCAGCAACAGAGACCUGUCGCAGGCUUUCAAAGGCAGCGCACAGGAGGAUUGUUCAUCGAGGCACCGUCCCCGUCGCCACCUUCACACCAGGACCGCAACUCGCACUCAGAGGGGCUAGACUCGCUCGUCCAGUCCCGGCCGCCAGCAACCGACCCGGCAGACCUGCCGCCUCUUAGCGCCGGGGUGCCGUCACGGGGGCUUUUCAGCAAGACCAGAGGCCAUUACGUCGUCGCCGAGAAAGAGGUCGAGGCCAAAGAGCCUGCUCGAGGAAAAGGGAGAAGGAGGGAUUCAUCUGCUGGGAAGCAGAGUGAGGAUCAGAACCGUAUUCUGCCAGUCGUCGCCAUGUCGGACAAAGGGGACCGGGUUUAUGAGCAUGCAGAGAAGACUCGGGGGGCCACGAGGGGCCAGAAGAUAAAGAGGCAUUGUGCGAGGUGGUGGUGGGUGCAUGCGUUGAUUUUUGCAGCGAUUACGGUGCUGGUGGUGUGCUUGAUAAUCUUCGUCGCCGUUCCCAGGAUAGCCCAACAGCGUGUCAAUGGCGCGACCCUCACCAUUCAGGGCAUCAUCCUGUCGCAGGCGCAGUCCGAGAACUUCACCAUGGCCAUCAACAGCACAUUGCGUGCCGACGACAGCAUCCACGCCGUCAUCGACCCGUUCGAGGGCGUCAUGUACCUCGAGGACUGGGAGCCGCAGACUCCCUUCGCGCGGCUGCAGUUCCCGCAGACGACGUCCGCGACCGAGUCGGCCGUCAACCUGACGCAGUUCAUCGACAUCCUCGACAUGAACGCCUUCACCGUCUUCAACACGUGGGUGUUGGUCAACGAGUCGCUGCGCGUCAGCGUCGAGGGCGACACCCACCUCAAGGUCAGCGGCAUCUCGCGCAAGUACCCUGUGCACUUCAAGAAGGUCGUCACGCUCAAAGGGCUCAACAACUUCAACGGCACCACCGUGCCCGAGUCCAGGGUGCAGCUCACCCCGGACUCGAACGGUGACAACUUUUUCGGAACCGUUGCCAUCCCGAACGUCUCGCUCCUGACCUUUGAUAUCGGUAACACGACCUUCAUCAACUACCUGCAAGGCCAGGACAUCGGACGCGUCUUCGUGGACAACAUGGUGGUGCGGCCCGGCAUCAACAACUUCAGCAUGCACGCCAACAUCUCGCAGACGCCCAUCCUGCAGGUGAUCCAGGAGCGGCCCUUCUGCGAGGACGGCGUGCUCCCCAUGCAGCUGCGCGGCGCCAACGUCGUCAAUAACGGCCAGUUCCUCAGCUACUACAACGAUUCGCUCGCCUCCACCAACCAGAGCGUCAGCAUCGACGUCGGCGCUGAUCUCACCGCCUUGGGCCUCACUAUCAAUUGCUCCAACAACCGUCGGUCGCUGCCGUUGUACUCGUGA